UCUCUCUCUCCUCAUUACUUGCAUCUUUUAUCUCUCUUCCCACCUCCUUUAAUGUCGGUUACGUGACAUCUAAAAUUUUAGGUUUCCUCGUAAUCUCUUUUUCUCGGUCUCUCUCUUGCAAAGCCAGAGAGUAUUAGGGUUUACAGUUUGGACGUGUUAAUCCGCUUUCAGAGUACAGAGACAAGGAUCUGCAAAAUGCAGCGGGGCAGAGCCAGAGAUGAUUUCUUUGGUUUUGGGGAUCCUUUUGCGGAUUUUGGUGGAAGCUUUGGCUUUGGAAACCCUAGAAGCCUGAUGUCAAGUUUCUUUGGCAGAGAUGCUUCGGAUCCUUUCAAUGACCCUUUCUUUACUCGUCCCUUUGGGAGCAUGUUUGGACCCAGCUUCUUCAAUAGUCCUUUUGGAAACCCUGAAAGUUCUGCAUUCAUUGAGCAUCAGCAAGCCCCUCAGGUUCAGUCUCAAUCACGUCAAGGUCCCAUAAUUCAGGAGUUGUCAUCAGAUGAAGAUGACAAGGCCAUGGAUGAGGAGGACAGGUCAAAUAAGCAAGCAAGAUUGAAUAAAACACCUAAUGUUCAACAUCCGGAUGAAGAAGGCCAAAGUAGAAAUUCUACAAAUUUCUCAUCAUAUCAUAAGCAAGCAGGAUUGAAUAAAACACCUUAUGUUCAGCAUCUGGAUGAUGAAGGCCAAGAUAAUAAGGCCAGACAUAUGCAGCAAAGAAGUGAUUACAGUAGGUUGCAGGCACAGCAACCUCAAAUUCGGAGUUACAGUUUUCAAAGCUCCAAAGUGACAUAUGGUGGUGUUAAUGGGGCAUAUUAUACUUCCUCCACAUCCAGAAGAACUGGCAGUGAUGGGGUGACUGAGGAGGAGCAUAGGAAGGCUGAUACAACCACUGGUAAAGCAACUCAUAGGGUCUCUAAAGGGUUAAAAGGCAAGGGCCAUUCGGUUACAAGGAAGCUCAAGUCUGAUGGGAAUGUUGAUACUAUGCAGAUGUUGCACAACCUGAAUGAAGAUGAGCUAGCUGACUUUGAAGAGGAGUGGAAGGGGAGCGCUAGGAAGCAUUUGCCUGGUUGGAAGGAGGGGCCAGGGGUGCUUGGCAGUGGGCAACAAAAUAUGGGUGUGAGACAGGGUUAUGCGCUUCCUUCGAUAGAGCGGAGAAAAUCGAAGGAUCAGGCUCAUGGGGCCAGAGGCGCCGGACCAUCUGAGAGAUUCUAACCAAGUAUACCUCUCUUGCGUGUCAAAAAUCUUGGAAGCGAGACUCAGAACAGCUUGGUUUUCUAGUCAAUAUAUGGACUAGGUAAAACACAAAGCACCAUAUUGACGGUCAUCCAAAUAGAGAUCAUUACACAUGAGCGGUAGUGAUUUGUCACUGGUUGCACCGGUAGUGUCCCCUACAUCGAAUCUUAGUCUAUAAAGUAUAAGAGAACUUAGUGGUAUAAUAUGGUGGAUAUGGAUAUGAGGUCGGUAAGAGUGAUUUUUAAACUAUUGCUACAUGUUUGGAUGGUAUGAGGCCUCUUGUUUCCUUCCUGUGCCUUUGUUAUGAAAUGUUGUUUUGAAUUUCUCUAGUAA